AUGAAUGAUCCAUCCAACCAACAAGAUGGCAAUAGCAAUGCCCAAGAUGGUGGUAGAGACUUUGAUGAUCGUCAACCAGACCAGCUUGAUCAGGCAGCAAGGGAUAGCCUUAUCAACAGAGCAGAGGCAGAAGCCGCACAGCAGGACCAAGAUGAAGAAUCGGAUGCCAUGAUAGCUCAUGUAGAAGGUACAAAUGAGGUCAAGUCAGAGGAAGAUGGAGCAACAGCAAAAUUCACAGAGAUCGGGUCGGAACAAGCUGGUCUCACAAACCAAAAAGAGAGACAGACUGCUACUGAUCCAGGCAUGCCUGUAAAAGGGUUGCAAGGAAACACAGGACUGGCAGCUGCUGGAGCACAUCAUGUACAAACAAAUGCCGCCAUGGGUGGUGCUCAUGAUCACCCAGCAGGUACUAGUACGCUGGAAGAGACAAUAGGCAUAGACAAAUAUUUGCGAACAAACACAGCGACGACAGCGACGACAGCGGCAGAGGCAAAUCACGAAAAAGCAAGUGCCGCCGUAGGUGGUCCUCAGGACCUGUUUACGCUGGAAGAGACCGCAUUGUUACACCCAGGUACGCGUGAAACCGUCCAACAACAGCAGCAACAAAUCUUGGUGCCCGGUGCCUACCCCAUGGCAGGGACGGGAAUUUCCAACUUAACUAAUAAUGAUGAAGACGAAGCACCCGUCGAUUCCUCUGGCUAA